AUGUCUGGCAACCUCCGAGUGGUGUUCCCGAUGAAGGUGGAGAAGAAGGCAACCCUGGUGACGACAGAAGUGGCCACAGAUAGGAAGGAGACCCCCAUCAUUGCUCUCAUCAAGAGGAUCGAGGAGCGAUGCUACGCUGACCUCGUCGAGGCUUGCAGGGAAAUGGCAGCCGCUCGGGGCUCAUCCCUAACCGCAGUGCUGCCUCUGGCCGCCCUCAAGGCCAUGUCCAUACGAUUGCCUGAAAGUGCGCCAGAUAUGCUGUCACUGCCUCACAUCACACGGGCCAACUUCGAGAAGUACGGGCAGGACCUGCUCCAGAUAACGUCCGCUUAUGCCAUCGAGAAGAUAGGUCUCUUAAUGCAGUACCAAGAUGAAUUAGAAGACGAGAAGAAGCAAGAGGACAAAGAGUUUCAGAACGAUUCGGGAUCCGACACGGACUGGGGAAAUCUGGCCCGUGAAGCCAGCACUAGCUCCUCCCGGGGCAGGGGAAGGGGGACUUAUAGGGGGGGAGUUAGGAAGAAGUACAGACGUAAGAAGACUCCGUCGUCUGCCAAGAAGAAGGCCUAUCGAGGGACCUUUGCCCGCAGAGGGCGAGGCUCCACUGGCACCAAGCGCUCUCCCGCUAAGUCUGGAUCUUCAAGCGGUAGCAAGCUGGGCAGUAUGCCAGUACCUCGGACCACGGUGGCGAACACACGACCUGGAGUCGCCCAUUCUAGUAAAUUUAACUUCUAA